CCUAUCUAACAGUUGGACAGAAGAAGAGAUAUGAGAGCAGUACUCCAAGUGCCUAAGUUCCUUCCACUAGCCUUGUAGGCUGGCAGACAUGUCUCUAAGGCUGUGAUUUGGUCUGGAUCACUCAACACAAUGUUUACUAAAAUUAAAAAACAUUCCUGUUACCGACGCAACCUGUGUCGAAAGAAUGCAAAGGGAUGAGAUUUCUGACCAUGGCCAAAAGUACCAGAGGGUUAAGUUUAUCAUUUUAAGAGUUUCAUAAUUUACCAUUUACAGAAUUACUGUACAUACUGUAUAAGUAUUAUUAUGAUUAUUAUCAUGGUAAUAAUGUUCUGUACUUGACAACAGUAGAGUGCCCUUAGCACCAACUUGAGGAAAUUUUUCCAUAGAAAAUAAAAGCUUGCUUAACUCAAGGAAGUGACAAAAAGUGAACGAGGAUUAUGUUUUUCAUUUCUGCUAAAUUUGUUUGUUUAAAAAUAUAUUUUAAUAGAAAUUAUAUAUUCCAUAACUAAUACAAGUUAACUACUGUAGUAUUUUAGGUAAGGUUUGGUAGGUUAGAUUGGCUCAUUUUAUACUUUACUUAUUUUAUCCUCUUUGCCACUGAUCAGCUUGUUGGCAAAUACUGGACAUGUACUGGUUCAAGAAUGCAUCUGUAACUGUGCCAGUGUUGGUUAAGUCUGGUCUUGAAUGAGCUCACACUCGGUGCCGUCACAAUCUCUCUGGAAAGUUUUCCAAGAGUUCACAACUGUAGGGUGGGCAUCUGCCAUCUCCAGUCCAACCAUCCCAAGGAACUGAGGAAGAGUGUGCUGAGGGCUACAGUGCAGGCUUCUCUACAAAAAGCAUUUCAGUAAUUAUGAAGUGAGAAAAAUCAGUAAAUUUGAAAUACCCAGGUGUUAAAUACUUGACAGCAUUUUAGAUACAGGGGACUGCAGACAGUAUAUGUAUACAGGUAUAUACGUAUAUAUGUAAUUGUGAGAAACUAGAUAAAAAUAUAUGGCUUUUAUUAUCUUGUAAGAUAUAUAAAGAGAUGUGAUAAUUCUGUGAAAUAUUAUUCUAAAAGUGUUUUUGAUUACUUGGAGUCAAUUUGCAUGAAACUUUUAUGGCACUUAAAAUAAAGCAUAAGUAUACUUCCCUUAAAGACAGAAUUAGUUUACUUUGUGCAGUCAGAAGCAGAGAAAAUGUUUAACCUCAAGAUGUUUCCAAGAAGAAAUGCAAGAAUCAUGACCAUCAUAGCAUUUACUCUAAUAAUAAUCCUAAUGCUAUACAAAAUCUCAAGCCCAGUGGAUGAUGGUCUAAAGAAUCUUGAGUCAGGACAUGGAACUGAGCGAAUACUGUCAAAAGCGGUGCAUGAUGAAAUACCUGACCUUCUGACGCAGAGUCCUGAACACCUUAAGAAACAGAAGGAAUAUGAGAGCAGAAUCAUGGCAAACAUCCAAAAGAUGACAGUUCACAAAGAACUCAAGCGUAAAAUGGAUCAUGAUCCUGUGGGAAUUAUCUUGCAUGAGAAACCGGGCCUUCUGGAUGGAUUAGGGAGAGUUCGUGAUUUAGAAGAGCAAAGUGGAGUUGCAAGGAAAAGUGUUGUGAUGGAGAAUCAGCUGAAGCAUAAAAUUGUACAUUUAGAUUUAAAAGGAGCACCUCCUAAAAUUGAAUACCUUAAGAAGUUAUUUCCACUUUUACGUUCAUUUGGUGCCACUGGUGUGCUCUUGGAGUAUGAAGACAUGUUUCCAUUCUGGGGUAAACUUGAGUUGCUUUCAGCCCAUAAUGCAUAUGCUAAAGGGGAUAUUGCAGAUAUUAUGGAAAUUGCCAAGAAAAACAGCCUUGAGGUUAUUCCUCUUGUUCAAACUUUUGGUCAUAUGGAACACGUGCUAAAACUUAAAGAAUUUGCAGAGCUACGUGAGGUGCCAAACUAUCCACAAGUUAUUUGCCCGACUAAUAAUAAAACAAUACCUCUUAUAAAAAUGAUGAUUGACCAGAUCCUGGAAAUGCACCCAGGAAUUGACUGGCUACACAUUGGUUCAGACGAAGUAUAUAAUCUCGGAGAAUGUACCCGGUGCCAACAGUACCUCCUUCAUCAACAGUUUGGAAAGAAUGACUUGUUUCUACACCAUGUGAAAAAAGUGUCUCGAUAUAUUAAGGAAAAUUAUGACGUUCAGCCAAUAAUGUGGGAUGAUGAGUUCCGUAAAAUUCCCCUGAAGGCAAUUGAAGAUUCUCAGGUGGGACAGUUAGUGGAAAUUAUGGUAUGGAAGUACAGUACUGGCAUUAUGGUUGACCUGCGAUCAGACAUGUGGGAGAAAUAUUCAUCGGUGUUUAAUGGCAUAUGGAUUGCUAGUGCUUUCAAAGGUGCUGCUAAUCCUGAAAGUUACAUUACAAAUAUUAAUGAUCGUCUUGGGAAUCAUAAAGAAUGGAUGGAGAUUUUUGACUUGUAUGUAAGCACCAUUCAUUUCCGAGGUAUUGUAUUAACAGGAUGGCAAAGAUUUGAUCAUUUUGCUGUACUGUGUGAGCUCUUACCCCAAGCCAUUCCAUCAUUGGCAGUGAAUCUGAUGUUCAUCUCUGAGAGGAAAGCAGAUCAUGGUGCUUUGGCCAGAGUUGGGGAUGCCCUCAAAUGUAACUCUUUCAUUAACUUAGAUUUACAGUAUUUGGAAUAUGCCAAUAAAUGUGAUUUUCCAGGUAGUGCAGUGUAUGAAGUGGCACAAAAACUGUUUAUCUUGAAGAGAGACAUAGACACUAUGCUGCACAAUCCUCAUGUAACUGGUUGGAUAACUGAUUACAAUAUAGAGCAUAGUUUUGCCAGCCCUCAGCAUGUUGAACAAGGUCUUCAAGAUCUUUCAAUGCUGUUGUUUGAUUAUAGUAAAUUAAUGACUGAUGCAGAAACAGCCUUGUCUGAUGUUUAUGAUGAGUAUACUGUAAAAGAAUGGAUUUCUUUUAAUGUAAAGCCUACUCACAAUAAACUACAAAAAAUGUAUGUAUCAAGUACAAAGCUUCAGGAGAAAACUCACUGGCCAAGAAGACCUCUCGAUGCUGAACUAACCAAGGAGCUAUAAGUUUGAUAAGAUUAAUUAAAAAUGUUAUCAUGAACUAUUCCUUUAGAUUUAAAAGAUAACCGAUUUUAGUAAUGUAAAAAAAAUAUAUAUAUUAGGCCUAAUUGUUCUCAGAAUUGUUAUAUUUUAUUUAUAUUUUAUUAUGAUACAUGUCCAUAACAACAAUACCUUGUUUUUGUAUUUAAUUUAUUUUAAUUAUUUUGAUGCCACGCAGAGGAUGAGAAUGACCGUACCUUACUCUCAUCGUGCAGUAUAAAAAUACUAUAUGGUCAUAUCAUACUAUUGUAUUGUUAUGUACAGUAUGGGAAGAUGGCCAUAUUUUACUGUUGUCAUGUACUAGUGCGAGAGCAUGAUUAUAACAUGCACAGAGGAAUAUGUCAGUAACACUUUCUUGCUAUAAACUGACAUGUAUGGCCAUAUAUUAAUGCCAUGCACCAGAAGUAUUGUUGUAUCGUACAGUACAAUACAAUACAGUACAGUACAGUACAGUGCAGUACAGUACAGUACAGUACAGUACUCUUGCCAGGUACAAUUAGGAAUACUGUACUGUAUGGUAAAACUGUAUCAUACUAUGGCCAUGCACAAAGGAGUGUGACUAUAUCAUACUACAGGUGUAUUUUAAUGUACAGUGUAGUAGUAUGAUUAUACAGGUAGUACAGUAAUGUAUAUCAAUUAUCCAUUAAGCUUAAAAUCUGAAACAAUGUAGAUUUGGGAAUUUUCCCAAAUUUUGGAAAUAGGCCAAAAAAUGCAUAAAAUAUUAAAUAAAGUAUGGGAAAAUGUGCCAAAGGUUAGAGGAUGUAAUUCCUGAAUGAAUCCAGAAUGAAACUCUCGUAUAUAAAUUAUGCAGUGUAUAUGCUGUACACAGUAUAUUUUGUAUUUACUAAAAAUAUGAUUGUGAAUUGUUAAUUAAAGAAAAUAUGUUAAAUUAUUGUUAACAUAAAAGCAUUUGGCAGAAGCAACCAGUAACUCCAGCACUUGAAUGUUCUUGCAAAUGCUUUGUGAGGUCUUUUAUUGAGGGGGGGGGGGGGAGCGCAUGAUGAGAUGGCUUUUUCAGCCCCUUUUGCAUUUAAACAUUUGUUAUUACUCAUCUUAAAGGAUGUUUUCUGAUGCACACAAAGUCAAAUUAUUAUAUUCUCAUCUCAUAAACAUGUUAGUGGCCCCUGGAGGUCUUUCUGGACCUCCCAGAUGUCAAUUUCCUGGAUGGAACAGAAUUGGUGGGAAGACUGUGUGCCAUGUACUAUUCUUAAUUGUUACUGUAUCUUUUCCUAGAUUUACCUCGGGAACUUUUGCAUAUAACAGGGCAAGGCUGUGAGCCUUUUCCUUACCAGAUAUGUUCUUGGGACCAGUGGUGACUGUUCUGAGAGAAAAGAAUUGGGUAGUAUGGCUAUGUGUGUCUUAUUUCUGCUAUCAGAAUGCAGCAAAAACUGAUGUAUUAUCCCAGGGUACAGAUGAAAACACACUGACCUUAAGGGAAUCUUGUGCAUAGAGGCCCAAGGCACUACUGAAAUGGCAUAUGAAAAUUAUUAUUCCUAAUUCAAUAUGGUAAGCACUAAUCAGGGUCUAGUUUUUGUGUGAAAAUGCCUCUGAAUUAUGAAACUGGGUUAACUAUUUUUUUGUGGACACUUAAGUUUUUAAACCAUAAUGCAAUACUGUACUGUGUAUAAUGUAUGCAAUGAUAAGAAAUAAACGUAAUGGUAAAUGUGUGUGUGUGUGUGUACAGUAUGUGUAGGUGCUGAGGAGCAUGCAUAUGCAAGAUGGUGGCUAUCACCAAUAAACACCCAGAUGUAUGAGAAUUUGACAUUUAACAAAAAUAACUAGUAACUCUGGAAAUUUUAACUUUCUUACAUUUUUUCUGCUGUUCAUAUCCUUUGUUUGAAUCACCUUUACUGUAAGACUUCAAUAUCUGCUUUUUAUUUGACCUUCAAAUCAUAGCUACCUAAUGGUUGUUCCAAUUCAUUAUUCUGGCACAAGUUUGUUUGCAGUCUAACCAGCAUUCAUUUGCUGCAAUAUUUUUAUUUUCUUGUUUAUUGUUAAUGUAUUGUAUACUGCAUCUUCUUUUUCAAAUAGAUGAGCAUCCAUUGAUAAUUUUUUGGAUGCUAUAGGCAACACAAAGGUGCAGUUUUAGUCGGUCAAAGUGAAGUAAAGCAACGGAGCUCCAACAUCAAGGUGGUUUAAAUGCAACAGACAAUUGGCGCCAAAUUAAAUAAUUUUUUGUUCGAUUAGAACAAAUGGAGUUUGGAGAUACAGAUAAUCGAUACACUACCUGCAUAUUACUGUCAUGGACAGUAGGAGCGUGAACAGCAUUUACUGUUGUCUUGUACAAUGUAGAAGUAUGAAAACAGUAUAUUGUACAGUAUAAAUAGUAUGGUGUAAGUAUAUAACCAUGCAGAUAGUAGGUAUAGUAGGUGCAUGUACUGUCGUGCAUUAGAGUAGGUAUAUGGACACAGCAAGCCGAUCAGUGUGAAGAGGAUAAAGUAAAUUUGUCUGGAAAACCCGUGUGAUCUUGAAAUAAGGACAUAGGGAGUUAUCCAAGAUUAAAAAGACAGACCUGUACUAUAUGGUUCAUGACAUUUGUACACUAGGUGUAUACUCACAAGACAAACCUAACCCAACCUUUCCAUUAAUGUUGUGAGUAUAUGCCUUGUGAACAUUGUCUUGUGAGCUAAUGUCAACACACCUUACUAUACACAUGAAACAUAGGUUGAGGAUGGAGCGACGAGUUGUUUCUCUCAUAAGGUUUUCCAUGCAGGCAAAUGGAAGGAUCAGUGAGUUUUUGUGCUGUAGAGAGGAUUUUCUCUGGUAUUUGUGAGUACUGUAUGUUAUUUUCACCUCUUUAGGGAAAAUUUAGGACCUUAAACUUUCAUUUAGAUUUUCAACUGUAUACAUUAGAAAAGAGAAAGACAAAGAUCACCAGGUCUCUAGAAAACACCUUGAAUAGAUAUAUCUGUCACUCACAGAACAGGAUAGACAGUCUUGGAAUUGUGUAAUUGCUUUGUGAACGUCCCUACUUUGCAUUCCAGUACAGUAUAGGAAUGAAUUUUGAAUUGGGAAAUAUUUACACACCAAAUUAUACAAUAGGCUAAACCUAAGGUAGAGUUCACCUAACCUUACAUAUCCAGUGUUUCCUCAGCACAGGUUCUUGCAUUGUAUUUAUCAGUUUUCUUAUGGAUUGUUAAGGGAAAUUACUGUAUAGAUAAGGGUGAAUUCUUAGUGAGUUGAAUUCAAUUUAUUUUUCAUUUAUGUAGUGUACUGUACAGUACUACUCUACUAACCACCAUUAAAUAUUAUGAUGUCUAUUACAGUAUUGUUAAUAAAGGUUUAUUGGGGGUUACAUAUAUUUCUCCCGGUGAGGUUAUUAAACAUACAAAAUGUAUUAAGUUGAUGUAGAAGUAAUAUUUCAUCAACUGGUCUAAACAAAAAAUCAAGACAAAAAUUCACAUUCCAUUUCAAAAUACUGUAUAUAUGUACAGCUUAUAAGAAAAUAGUCAAGUUUAAAAAAAGUGUUUAUUUUAUGUUGUGAUCUGGAAUGUUGGUUUUAGUGCACAUACCUGUGUCCAUUUCUGUGUUCCAUUGCCACAUAUGUGCAAUUGUUUCAUGAAAAUGAACAUGUAGAUUGGAACAGUAAUGUGAAAAAUCAUUUAUUUUGUCUCUUUUAGCUCAUUUACCUGCAAAGUGCUGUACUGUAGUUGAAUUAAGUUAUAUGCCAAUCAAAUCUGUUUUUGUUCAAUCCAGAAUGCGACAUCUAGCUUUAUACCUACUGUACGUAUGUAAAUGCCUAGCAUUAACUCGCCAGGCCAACGUACAGGCAAUUAAAACAUCUAAUAAUUACUUAAAUACGUAAUAUUAGGAGGGCACAUCGUUACCUGGUAUUUAAUUGCAAUUCUCAAAACCCCCCUCCCGCACACACAUUGCUACUGUCAUCUUCUUGCCUGGCGAAUCAGCUGUAAAUGCGCACAAAGGCGGCUCCACUAAUUUGUGUUGUAAUAGCCGAAAUAUUAAGUGCCACGAGAAUUUUACUUAUGGUAUUUAUACAUCUUAGCACGGUGAGGAAAUCGAGUGACUUUAAUUUUGAUUAUGGUAUGUUUCUCAGGUAUUGUGUAUGGGGCAAUUUUUUAUACGGUCUGGCCAAGCAUGGCGACUGCUGCUCAUCUUCUAUCUAGGAAGACAGUCGAUCUUUAGUGACUAAUAUCCUCUGCUUUCAAGUCACUUAGUGAACGACGUUGUUUUUCUCCCUUCCGGGCUCGUCUUCACAGCCUCGCGAACUUUAGCGAGGCUGCUAGUCUUAGUGAUCCUUCCGGACGCUGACCUUCCGGUCUUACUAGCAAUCUAGAGUUAUGUUGGGACGAUGUUAACCAAUGGUGCGCUAUGGUAGCAGUUCAGCGCUGUCAACCCUUCCAGAUGACUUGAUGCUCACUCAGGCAUCAUCGCUCAAGCAUGAUUAAUUGAAGCGGUGAUGUCUGUGCACCCUGAUUGGCAAAAAAUAGAGAACUAGGUGCUCCCUCAAAAUAUAAGUGCUCUAAAAUGAAGUUAGAGCAAUUAAAUACCAGGUCCUCCUAAUAUUACGUAUUUAAGAAAUUAUUUGAUGUUUUAAUUGCCUGUAUGUUGGCCUGGAGAGUUAAUGCAAGGCAUUUACAUACGUAGGUAUAAAGUUAGAAAUCGCAUUCUGGAGUUUAUCACAAAAACUUUUUUUUAGAAAAAAUGGCUUUUUUUUGUAAUACUGUAGUACUGUAGUGUAUACCAAUAUUGUGUCUAUAUGUAGUUAUUUUGCAAGCUGAAAGUGUGGCUGCAUUAAAUGUCUUUGGAGAUACUGUAUUUAUAUCUUUGGCCUAUUUUGUUCAAAAGUUAAGCUUUGGAGGAAUGCUGCCCCCUUUUUAGGGCCAUUGUUUAGCACUCGUGUGAUAUGAAUUAGACAGUACACUGUGUUGUAUCGCCGUAAUUUCAUUUAAACUUGAUUUUACUCUCACACUGAAUUUGUGUAAUAUUUGAGGAGAGAGAGUUGUUUGAUCAUGAAAUCCCAUUUUACAGUAUACCUGAACCCACUGUGUAAUUUGCUCAUCAAUUCCUUCAGUCAGUACCCAGGAGAACUUUAAUAUUGGGACUGGAAACAAACUUGUGUGUGUUAUUCUGGUUUACAAAUAAAAUUCAGCACACACAAGUUAGUAAGGAUUCUUUUGUGGCUGUAGGUGAAUGACUUUAGGUCAGAGCUUCACACUAAGCACCACAGUGGUUAUUUGGGGUUUGGUUUAUUAAUUUUCAUGUACUGUAGUCUUUCUAUUGUCGAGUGAGCUAAUUUAUUAAAGUAAUGAGUACACAUCCCUCAACACUUCAUUGAAUAAAAAAGUGAUUUUUA